AUGGGUGGUUGUAUUGGAAUUACUAGAAGCAGAAGCGGACCUAUUGAAGAAUCAUCGGGAACUGUGUCGCGGCCUAAUUCCGGUGCGCUGAGAAAAAAUCAGUCCCUAUGCCAUGAAACUAUCAGAUGGAAAUCAGAUGUGCCUUUAACAGAGGGCCAGCUGCGGAGUAAAAGAGAUGAAUUCUGGGAUACGGCACCGGCGUUUGAGGGUAGGAAGGAGAUCUGGGAUGCACUGCGUGCAGCGGCGGUGGCAGCUGAGGCUAUGGACUUUCAGCUAGCUCAGGCUAUACUCGACGGAGCUAGUGUUUCUGUGCCGAAUGGUUACCUUACUGAGUGCUAUGAUGAAUGGGGAACAAGAUACCAGGGUUAG